UCUAGGGGAGAGAAGUAUCCCAGAAGGCACCACAGCACAAGCGAAGAAAUCACGGUGCAGCAGGAAGAGACGGCGUGAUGAAUUCUGAACAUCAGAAGUCACAAUGGAGAUGACUCUAUUGUCCAUCACAGUGUGGUUCACUCAGUUCCUCAUCGUCUCAGCUCUUUAUUUCAACACACCGCCAACAAACACCCCAAGUGACUACACUGAAACCACACAAAUAACUUCAGCAACAACAAAAACAAACCCAGAAAUAAAGAUCAUUAUAUACACAACAUCUUCGUCAUCUCCAACCGCAUCAACAACACAGAAAAGCAUAACAAAUUUGCCCAGUGAAGUGCAUACACAGACAAAUAUAACCCCAAAUGUGACACCCACACCGGACACAGCAUCCCUGCAUCCACUGAACAGCAGUACUCCUUCUCAAAAUGUCAUGAUGGAUGAUGGCGAGAGCGUAAACAGUGCUAGUAAUGUGGCUAUGAGCGAUGCGAAUAAUAGUCAUACAACAGUUUCCACUAACUUUGCAGGACUAACGCCACAAAAGGAUGACAGUAAUGAAACAGGUACAACGUCAAGUGUGAGUUACAACUCUGACGGGCGCACCGUUCAGACUGCAGACACUUUAUCAGAUCCAGUCGACAGUGUCUCAACAGUUCCUUGGAGAUAUUCCACAGAGAAAGAGGAUGAGAGAACGAAAGCCGAUGAAGGAAAUUACGAAACAAACUCCACCCAGGCCACAUUUGCUAAUAUGAAAGAGGAGUCGAGAGGAACACGAGGCACUGAGGGAAGUUCCACGUUCUCAAAUGAACACAGAGAGGAACAUUACGACACAGCAGCGAAUACGAUCAAUGUCAGUGAUGCAACAGUGAGUAACCAAUGGUCAGCUUCACAAAGCACAGAUAUUCCCAUGACCACACCGUACACAACAGCACAGGGUUACCCCACGGUUACAGAUGCACCUGAAUAUCACACCUCAAAAGGUGCCGUAAAUCACUCUACGACACAGGAGAAUAUGUACAGGUUGACAAACUCCACAGCAACCACAGGAAGAGAAAACAGGACAGGAACAGACACACCCGGUGGUACCACCGCCAACAUCAACAUCUCUAUCAUAACUGACAACAGCCUAAAUGCCACAAACAACAGAUCAAACAAAAAUGACACAGAAAACAAAGUGAGGCCUUCAUGUCUGAACCCAAAACCAGGAAAUCAUUCUUGGCCAUCCAAACUGGUCUGUUUCCUCACAUUGUGGACUUUAGCAAUGACCGCCACCAUAUUUCUAGGAAUAACUAUUUUCCUUUGGGUGCGUCUGUCGGUCUCCAAAAAAAAGAUGAAGCGGAGAGUAAAAGGAGGUCAGACGUGUGAGAAGGAGAGCCUCUGGGCCGAGCCCAAAGCUUCGGUGCAGGACAGAGUGGAGUUCUGGUACGUCAAUGGAUCCACGCUGGAGGCCGACAGGAAGGAGAAGGACAGAAGGAGGAUGAAGAGGAGAGGACAGGAACAGGAUAAUGAGGAGAACAGCCUGUGGAUUCAGCCUAGAGUGACUGUGGAAGACAUAACAGAGUUCUGGUACGCAAACAGACACAUGAAGGAGGAGAGGACAGAGGACACGUAGUUACAAACUUUGAAAGGCUCCAAAGGAAAAUAUUUGGACUAUUAUACCUUCAGGCGUAUGCCUAAAACACAAGGGGAUUUUGAUGGAGCCUUUAUUUGAGUUACUAAAAAAGUCUGAAUAAGAAGUCUGAAUGUUGUGUUUGUGAUCCUACAUGCACCUUUAAUUGUCAGAAGGAUUUGUGUCCAGCUGUGCACAAAAAAAAAAUAAAAAAUAAAAAAGACAAACUCUAGGUUGGUUGAACUAUUGCAUAUAGACAAAGCUGACAUUAUUAAAUUGUAAUUGACAUGAAUUAAACAGAAAGAGCCGAUGCUGCCAUCACAUGCUAAUCGUAAAUAUGACUUUCCCAAGCAGAAACUGGACAUAAAUGGCCUUUUAAAAGUCAUAUAUUUAGAUAAUUGGGAUUAGGGUUGCAAAGGGGCGGAAAACUUUCUAUGGGAACUUCGUCUGGGGAAUUUUG